GGAUCUAUAAUAUUUUCUUGGAUUUGAAUGGUUGUUUACAAGUAAUGUCUCCAGUUACGUUUAGAAAUGAAAACAAACCACAACUACCCAAUAACUUAAGUAGACGUAAAUCACAGAAGUCAUCAUUGUCAUCAUUAGCUAAAGAUUCUAUACAAUCUAAAAAUCACACCAAUUCUAUUCCCAACAACCAAUCAACAAUAUUUUCAUUUAAAUUAAAAGAAACACCGAUAGCAUCAAAAUCAAAUGAUAUACUUGAUAAUCGUCUUAAUCAAUUAGAUGAUUCUACAAAAGAAUUAUUAUCAUAUUAUCGUCAUAAAGUGGAAACAUUAACUGAAGAUCAUGAAAUUGUUCAACGUCGUUUAGACAAAAUUUAUGAUGCUAUAGGAAAUCAAGAAUCACUUAGUUUAGAAUUAAGUCAACGUGAUGCUGAAAUUUCAGAAUUACAAAGAGCAUUGUCUGAUAUGCAGGUUUAUCUUUUUCAAGAACGCGAACAUGUUUUACGUUUAUAUGCCGAAAAUGACCGUUUGAAGAUUCGUGAAUUAGAUGAUCGACGUAAAAUACAACAUUUAUUACAAUUAUCCAAUUUAGGACCAAAUGAAAUCACUUAUUUUUUAAAACAGCCUAACAUUGAAUCACAAAAUGUUGUUAAUCAAGAACCAGUUAAUAAUGAAAAUGGUGAACAUUUGAUUGACGAUGAGAAUAGAAAAACGGACAGAAACACAACAUGGAUUUCAGCUAUGGCUGUUAAACCGAUCAUUCCAACAGCUCCUUCUCAGGGUGUUAUGGAAUUUACUGCAUCAGGAAAAACAAUUUUAAAACCAAGCGGAAGUCAAAUUAAAGCGGACCAUAAAGUUUGUUCUAAUUUAUCAGAAUCGUCUAAAUCGGAUACAAUUUCUCGAACAGAACAUGAAGCUGUGCUAAGAGAACUUGAAAUGUCAAAAUCUUCUUUAAGAGCAUUACAAACCCAAUUGGAAGAACAAACACGUAAUGCUCGAGAACAAAUUGACUCAUUAAUGGAAGAUCGUAAAACAAUACAGGAAGAGAUGAACAGUUUACGUAAACGUCACGAGGAAAAAAUACGCGUUUCAUCAGAACAACUUAGACACUGUCAAGGAUUAUUAUAUGACAGCACUAAGGAAUUUCUAGCACAAAGAAAUCAAUUUCGUCAAGCUGAAAAGGUUUGGAUAUUAGAAAAAGAUAAACUUUUAAGUCAAAUCAGUGUUAAAAAAUUGAAUUCUUCUAGUGUUGCUCCAUCAACACUGUCUGCUUUAAAAAAUGGUGAACGUAAUACUUGUUAUUCACCUCGAGACAAAAUAAACAAUACUCUAACAAAAAAUAAUACUACUAAUGUAUUUAAUAAUAUUCAAAGUUUAGAAGCUCAUGCAUGGAUUGAAUUCAAUCAACAAAAACAAAUUCAAUUAGAGAAAACAAUUGACAAUUUAGAGCAUCAAUUAGAUCAAUUACAGAAAUUAUCAGAUAUGUAUAGAGAUCAAGUUAUUCAAUUAGAAGAGGAGUUAGUUCGUGCACGUGAAGAAGGUGUCAUGUCAAAGGAUGUAUUUAAAGAUCAAGCACAAAAACUUCAUGAACGUGUUCAAGUUAUGUCACAACGUUAUCAGAAUUUAGAACGUAGACGUCAAUUAGAAAUGGAAGGUUAUCGAACAGAUAUUAGUGUGUUGCGUAAAAAGUUAAAAGAGGUUGAACGACAACUAUUAAAGUUAACCCUUGGUUUAACCGAUGGGAUCAAUUUACCUGAAUCACUUAAUAUUAACGAUCAUAAAGAUAUUGAUUUGGCUCUGUUAAAACAAGUUAAAGCUUCAACAACGCGAUCUAAUCAAAUAUUGAAUGAAUUGAAAAGUCUUAAAUUAAAAAUGUAUUCAUUAGAGGAUGAAUUACGCAAAAUUUAAUAAUGCGUCCGGUGAAAAUUAUUUUAAAAGAAGACUCCUACGGAGCGAUAUGUUCAAAGUUGAUUAGAUGUUUCUAUAUUGAACUGGUAACUGUUUUUCAUUCUUUUAAAAGUCACGCCGUUUAAUGUUCUGAGAUCCGUCUAAAAAGUGAUCGCUUUGUGCGGCCAAUGCAACCUGCCCCACAGGAGCAAGUAAGUUUAUUUAGCCUUCUGAUUAUUACGUAACUUUACGAUGCAAUCUUUUCUAUCCUUCUAUAGACCAGUAAGCCCAUUCAGCUACUGCAUUAUUUAUCUGCUCACUGUAAUUUAGAUACUUAAUCCACUAUGUAAAUUUCUGUGUGAGUAUGAUUGAGCACAUGUCUGCACAUCAAUUUUUAAUCUAUUCUUCCAUUGGUUGUAAUAUACAAGCAAUCAAUAAUUUAUCCAUACUUGAUUAACACACAGAAAGAAUAUAUGGAUUUUUAACACACACACACACACACACUUGUUUUCCCUGUGUGCUGGCUUCCUGUACGCUUGCGGAUUUUACCAAUCUUUAACAAUAAACUAUCACUAUAA